AUGACGGGGAAAGCUCUGCUGGAUUCGCCGAACGCCUCCACGACGCCGCGACAGAAGCGGCGCGUGGGGGAGGUGGCCGGAGGGGUGGCGGCAGGGUGCGCGGCGGUGUGCUGCUGCUGCCCCUGCAGCAUGAUGAACCUGCUCAUCUUGGCCGUCUACAAGGUCCCUCGUGGGAUUUGUAAGAAGGCCUGGGCCAUGACCAAGAAGAGCCACAACAAGAAGAACAAGCGACGCCGCCGCUGCAAGAAGGACCUGCUGCCCCGGCCCGCGUGGAUCGGUGGAGACGGCGGCGUGUUGGAGAAGACGGACAGCGGUGGGGAAGAUGAUGACGAUGAUGAUGGUGGUGAGUUGAAGAAGAAGGACGACGAUGACGACGAUGACGACGACGAUUCGGAGGACGCCGCCUUCGAGAAGGAGAUGUGGGACCGCUUUUACGGGGCCGGUUUUUGGAGAAGCUCUACGUCCGCGUCUAACAAAGAAACGUGA